CUUUCAUCGGCGUGUUCCUGAUGGAUACAACGAUGCUCCCGUGUCAUGCCUGAGGCAGUUUGUUGCGGAGUACACGUGACCUGACAAGGGCAAGAUUUACACAACCCUACCCGCGCACAUCCCGAAAACCUCACGGUUCAGCUCCUAAUAGAACUUUUCUUAACCACAUCCCCGUUCUCACCAGCCUCAUCGGUACUACCCUCGAGAUACCUCUUAUCCCGUCUCUCGAUUUGAGAAUCUCGACAAUCAACCGCCAAAAUGGUCAAGACUUCCGUCCUCAACGAUACGCUUAACGCUAUCAACAACGCCGAGAAGGCUGGCAAGCGCCAGGUCCUCGUCCGUCCUUCCUCCAAGGUCAUCGUCAAGUUCCUCAGCGUCAUGCAGAAGCACGGCUACAUUGGCGAGUUCGAGGAGGUCGAUGACCACCGUUCCGGCAAGAUCGUUAUCCAGCUCAACGGUCGCCUUAACAAGUGUGGUGUCAUCAACCCCCGCUACCCCGUCCAGCUCCGUGACCUCGAGAAGUGGGCCACCCAGCUCCUUCCCUCUCGUCAGUUCGGUUACGUCGUCCUGACCACCUCCGCUGGUAUCAUGGACCACGAGGAGGCUCGCCGCAAGCACGUUGCUGGCAAGCUCCUCGGUUUCUUCUACUAGACGACCAACGAAAAGUUUAUGUCUUGAAUAGUAUCGGGAUUUAUGUGGCCUGGUGAGGUCCGAGCGAGGAAUGUGCUCAGGAGCAACAGUGUCUUGGCGAGGAGUUAAGGAUACCCUGGCAGAAACGCCAUAGAUAGGUUUGAGUGAUCUUGCUCAAUUCAACCAAGUCAUUUUGUUCUGGUCAAAUUUAUCAUCUGUGUUUCGUGUAGUGAUGUAGAGAAGUAGAAUCAGCACAACCGAUAUCUUCCUUUCGCGCAUGAGAAACCUAGCCUUCGUUUCAGUUUUUCCCAGCGCCUUAGCAUCAGAGAACCAACUCGGCUACGUCUCCACCCUUAGAGAAUUCGUCCUACAGUCGGUGCUCUUGUUGACACGCCGCUAUUCCUUUUAUGGGGUCAGACUAAUUACUAGGUUUCGGAAGCCGGACGCAGAUGUUAUGAAAGGCGGAAGCCCGC